AUGUCAACAAGUGAGAAUAAGAACACGAAAAUCUACGAACUCCCGAAGUUGAAGGACGAUGGGUCCAACUACAACGCGUGGAAGUUUCGUCAAACGACAGUUUUGAAACUGCGUGGAUUAUUCAGCGUAGCGAACGGAACCAAUAACUUGCCCAACUCACCCACCGAAGCCAAACUAAAAGACGACGCAAAAGUCUUGAACUAUAAAGAGUCGAUUGCUAAGUGGACAAAACGGGAUGAGGACGCGUUUGCGCAAAUCACGCUGAACAUGGAAGAUGGAGCUAUGGCGGACGUAAUGGACACAACUACGGCUAAGCAAGCAUGGACUCGAAUAGUUGAACGCUGGGAAGGAAAAGGCGUCCAAUCGCUAUCUUUCUUAUAUCAGCAGCUUACCUCAACGAAAAUUUUGGAAGAUGACGACAUCGCUACCGGUUUAAACAACCUAUUGUCAAUUGCUUCCAAGAUGAAAACACUUGGGGAGCCUGUCAGCAACCUAAUGAUGGCACAAAUCAUGAUGAAUGCGUUGCCACCCACCUAUGCAAUCGUUAACACCGUCAUCCAAACCACAAACCAGGCGAGCGCUGUUACACCUCUGAUGGUCAAGGAAGCCGCUCUAAAGGAGGAAGAACGUUGUAAAAACGGCACUGGUCUCACGGCGAUGUUCUCGCACUUACCGAACAAGUCCAAAACAUCGAACGCAAAAUCGUCGAGCUUGAACUCGAAAAACCGGCGAAAGAAAAACAAAGGACCCGCAUGUCUUAACUGCGGUAAACCUGGUCAUUCAAAGCAAGAAUGUUGGGCAGCGGGAGGCGGCGCCAAAGGAACGGGACCAAGGCAGAAGAACGGUGCCGACAAGCAACCAAAGGACAAGGGCAAAGAGACGUCAACGAAAACUGAAUCAGCAAAGGUCGCAGUUACAACAAACGACUUACCCGCGGUCCUAUAUGCGUUACCGGCAGUCAACAGCGAACCGGCCAAUAACUCAUGGCUACUUGAUUCGGGUGCAUCGAAGCACAUGACGCCCAAUCAACACUGGUUUGCCACAUAUUGUCCACUUACAUUGCCCGUCCACGUUCAAGUUGGAAACAGGAAGCAAAUCCCGGCUGCAGGCAUCGGUCGCGUUUUUAUCGUGAUGCAAAACCGUCAAGGAACUGAGCACAAAGCGGUAAUAAAAGAAGUCCUACACGUACCCAAGCUACAAGCAAACCUCAUGUCGGUCCAAGAACUUGUAAACAACGGGACAGAGGUCGCAUUCGGAAAGGACUACGGCGCGGUCCUUGUCGCAAAUAAGGGACAAGGUCCCGAGAUUGGUUAUGCUCGUCAAACUGAUCAACUCUACAAACUAAAUGCACAAGUGAAACGUACCAAAGAAACCGCACACAUUGGAUUGGUCGAACCAGACAAUCAGAACGAACGCAAUGACGCCAAGGCACACAAUUUUGUUGCCUAUGCUGCAACUGCUAUCGCGAGAGCCGAUUUGACCACUUGGCAUUGA